AUGUCCAAACAGUUCCAGUUCAAGCUCGUUCUCCUCGGCGAAUCUGCCGUCGGCAAGUCCAGUCUCGUCCUCCGUUUCGUGAAGGACCAGUUCGACGACUACCGGGAGAGCACUAUUGGCGCUGCCUUCCUCACACAAACCGUCACCCUCGAAGACCAGACGACGGUAAAGUUCGAGAUAUGGGAUACCGCAGGCCAGGAGCGAUACAAGUCCCUCGCCCCCAUGUACUACCGUAACGCCAACUGCGCCGUUGUCGUCUACGACAUCACCCAGUCGACGUCGUUAGAGAAGGCGAAGGCCUGGAUCCGCGAGCUCCAGCGACAAGCAGACCCCAACAUCGUCAUCGCCCUCUGCGGCAACAAGCUCGACUUGUCCGCGCGACGCCAGGUUACAGAAGAGGAGGCGAAGAAGUACGCCGAGGAGGAGGGUCUCAUGUGGGGCGAGACUAGUGCCAAGUCUGGUGAAGGCGUGGCUGACAUCUUCACUGCUAUCGCGAAGAAGCUGCCGCUCACCGCAGCACCGUCCGCGCGGAGUGGUGCGCGCCCCGGUGCCGCAGGCAGGACAGGAGUCGACCUCAACAAGCAGGCUGCGGGCCAGGGUCAGAACGAGGCGUGCAACUGCUGA